CUCGAGAAGCUGCUCCAGCUAUGUGUGAAGAGGAGGACAGCACAGCUCUGGUGUGUGACAAUGGCUCCGGGCUCUGUAAGGCCGGCUUCGCUGGUGAUGAUGCUCCCAGGGCUGUUUUCCCAUCCAUCGUGGGACGUCCCAGACACCAGGGAGUGAUGGUUGGAAUGGGCCAAAAGGACAGCUAUGUGGGGGAUGAAGCGCAGAGCAAGAGAGGGAUCCUGACCCUGAAGUAUCCGAUAGAACACGGCAUCAUCACCAACUGGGACGACAUGGAAAAGAUCUGGCACCACUCCUUCUACAACGAGCUUCGCGUGGCCCCAGAGGAGCAUCCGACCUUGCUAACGGAGGCGCCGCUGAACCCUAAGGCCAACCGGGAGAAAAUGACCCAGAUUAUGUUUGAGACCUUCAAUGUCCCUGCCAUGUAUGUGGCUAUUCAGGCUGUGCUGUCCCUCUAUGCUUCUGGACGUACAACUGGUAUUGUGCUGGACUCUGGAGAUGGUGUGACUCACAACGUGCCUAUCUAUGAGGGCUAUGCUCUGCCUCAUGCCAUCAUGCGUCUGGACUUGGCUGGCCGAGAUCUCACCGACUACCUCAUGAAGAUCCUGACUGAGCGUGGCUAUUCCUUCGUGACUACUGCUGAGCGUGAGAUUGUCCGUGACAUCAAGGAGAAGCUGUGCUAUGUCGCUCUGGACUUUGAAAAUGAAAUGGCCACUGCUGCUUCCUCUUCUUCCCUGGAGAAGAGCUACGAACUGCCUGACGGGCAGGUGAUCACCAUCGGGAACGAACGCUUCCGCUGCCCGGAGACCCUCUUCCAGCCAUCUUUCAUUGGAAUGGAGUCGGCGGGCAUCCACGAAACCACCUAUAACAGCAUCAUGAAGUGUGAUAUUGACAUCAGGAAGGACCUCUAUGCUAACAACGUCCUCUCGGGGGGCACCACCAUGUACCCAGGCAUUGCUGACAGGAUGCAGAAGGAGAUCACAGCCCUCGCUCCCAGCACCAUGAAGAUCAAGAUUAUUGCUCCUCCAGAACGCAAAUAUUCUGUGUGGAUCGGCGGCUCCAUCCUGGCUUCUCUAUCUACCUUCCAGCAGAUGUGGAUCAGCAAACAGGAAUAUGACGAAGCUGGCCCCUCCAUUGUCCACCGCAAAUGCUUCUAAGUCACGCCCCCACCCCCCCACCCCGCCUCCGCUCUGUCUCUAGCACACAACUGUGAAUGUUUUGUGGAUCAGCGCCUUCAGUUCUUUUCCAAAUCAUUCCUACCUAAAGCUUUGAUUUGUUACUCGUGUGUUUUUUUUUAAUAAAUCAGACAUGUGCUACCCUUCUAGCCCUGGCCUGUCAA